GCUGUCCUCGUACAGGCAACGAGGUCUUCUAACGAUGUGCCUGUAAUGGCGGAUGGAUUGUUAUUGCGCGCAGUAAAAGGACAAGCAAAAAGCCUCAAUCUUGGAAAUAAAGGCCUAAAAGCUGUUCCCACUAUCAUUGGUAGAGUGAGAAGCUUGCAAACUCUGACUCUGAAAGGCAACAGGCUCAAAGAUUUGCCAAAAGAAACCGUUGCACUUCAGGAGCUUGAGAACCUCAAUCUUGGCAACAAUGAUUUUUGGGAAAUUCCAAUAGUCAUUGCAUAUCUGUCAUCAUUGAAAUCCCUGCAUUUUUUCAACAAUCAUUUGCAUCAGAUAAAACCAGAAAUAUUCUCAAACCUGUCCUGCCUGACCCUUUUGAAUCUAAACAAUAAUCAUUUGAGAGAACUACCAAAAGAGAUCAAUAGGCUUUCAGCUCUUGAAUAUCUGAGUCUUGACAAUAAUAAUCUUGUUCUACUGCCAGUUGAAGUUUGCCAUUUAUCACAGCUUGUGGAGUUGCAUGUUGCAAAUAACCAGUUGCAAAGCUUACCUGUGGCAAUUGCAUUUCUGAGAAACUUGAGAAAACUCUAUGUACAGAAAAAUAACAUUGAACUAAUCCCGGAGGGUCUUGCCAAGUGCACAUGCUUGGAGGUGCUAGACAUUUCUGUGAAUCAAAUUCGAUAUUUUCCUGGCCAGCUUGCUUCUCUUGGAAUAAAAGAGUUGUAUUGCGAGCAAAAUAAUUUAUUGCAACAUCUUCCUGUCCAGUCAAUCCAAGAUGAAGAAGUUUUACCCUUAAAGGAAUUAGCUGCAAGGUUUAUUCUAACUGCUCUUCAAGACAGUUCUUCACACAUGCGCAUUGAAGUGAAAUACAAUCAGAAAGUCCAAGAAAUUCUGGCGAGUGCGCGCCAGUGUGAUGUUUGCUCGAAGCCGUACCUGAAUACAUGGCUCGAAUGUGUCAGAUUUGUUGACGCUAGAAAAAUAAUUGGCACAAGAAACAACUGUGGCAUAAUUCCGCUUCGUGGAAUGCUCUGCUCGUAUGCAUGUUUUAAUUCCGAUGGACACGACUACUAUGGAAUAGCACAAGUUGACAGCAGUUAGUCGCGCGUGCAAAAAGCUGAUGAUUCUAGGUUGUACCAUAUGUGAAGUAAUGUUCAUCUUUCUUAAAAUGUUUUUAUUGAGAUAUAAACAAUAACUGGAAA